AUGUCACAAAGUGAUGAAUCGCCUCCGUUAUCGAGAUACAUUCAACCGGAAAGGAAAAUGAAAAGAAAAAUUUCCGUUGGUAGAUCAACACGGACUGAAAAUCAUUAUAUAUGCUAUGUGAAAUUGGAAGAAGAUGACUACACGGCCUAUAUAAGUUUGCCCGCUUCAAGAUUCUUUAAUCAAAGACCAGAAGAUCCUCGAAAUGAGCAUUUUGGUACAUUAAUUGAAUCUGAAAUGGAGUCAGUCCCACAUGAGAUUCGAUCGCAAGUGUAUAUGGACAUAAUAAAUUUGAUAUGUCACGCUUGGUAA